AUGGACUGCGUGGACAAGCUCGUGAGCGAGGUGGCGCGGAACGAGAUCUGGCGCGAGCACAUCCGCAAGGAGUCGGCCAUGUCGGAUAAGCACCUGGGCACCCAGACCUACCGCCUCAACGUGUCGAACCUCGGGAAGAACAUCAUGGCCCCGAAGCCGACGGCGCGGCAGGAGGACGGCGGGGCGACGGUGAGCGCGAAGACGACGGAGGUCGUGGACCAGGUCAUGGCGGACCUCGAGAAGCAGACGAGCCCGCGGCCCGCGGAGCGCACGUCCGUGCCUCCGACGGCGAACGGGGAGAUCGGCUGGAUGCUCGGCUACUCCAAGUCCAUGUUCCGCAUGCGAUGGAAGAAGGACCGGGGGCUCUGCGACGUGACGCGCUACGCCGACCAGUCCUGGCGCCUCGGGCGGAACCCCUUUGUGAAAACGACGACGACGAAUGCCUCUGCAAUGGCCAUCGGCGCGCAGAAGAUCCCGCGCCUCGCGCCAGCCAUGGCCGCCAUCGCGACGCUCCCGCGUGCUCUCGCGCGCCGCCACGCGCGCACGCUGUCCCUCAAAGACACGAGCCGCUUCGCGCCGGACAACGACGGCCAAUACUGGCCCAAGACGAACUCGCCCGAGUGGCUGGCGCUGCAGAAGCGGCCGUCGAGCGGCGGCCCCAUCGGCCCGCGCGCGCCGCGCGACGGCGGCCCCAUCGGCCCGCGCGCGCCGCGCGACGGCGGCAACCGGAGCUUCUUCGGCAUCCCAGCGGACGACGCGCCGCCCGUGCGGAGCCCCGUCGAGGAGGGCUGGCUCGAGCAGCGGCGAAAAGCGAGAAUCGAGGAGCGGGCGCGCGAGCAGGCGGCGGAGGCGCGCUUCGACAAGAUCCAGACGACGAACGGCGCGACGCCCCCGGGCUCGCCGAGCGCGCUCGCGCGGCCGCACCCGCUGGCGAGGCCGCCGCCGUCGCCGCGCGUCGAGCGGAUGCGCGGCUUCCGCAUGACGCCCGCGGAGAUCAAGCGGGCCCUGGACCUCGAGGUCGUCGGCCAGCACGCGGCGAAGCGCGCCAUCGCCGUCGCCGUCGCCGAGCACUACGGCCACGCGCGCCGGUGCCUCGAAGACCCAACGCGCAAGGACGCGACGUGGCACAAGAAGAACCUGCUCCUGCUUGGCCCGUCGGGCUGCGGCAAGACGCAGCUCUGCCGCGCGCUCGCCAAGGUCGUCGACGCGGCCUACGUCAAGGCCGACGCGACGAAGUUCUCCGCGACGGGCUACGUGGGCCGCGACGUCGACGACGUCGUCGCCCAGCUCGUCGACGCGGCCGGCGACGACCGCGAGGCGGCCGAGUUCGGCGUCGUCCACGUCGACGAGAUCGACAAGGUCUGCGAGCGGCCGGGCGGCCUCCUGGGCGGCGGCGCGUCCGUGAACACGCGCGACGUCCAGACGUCUUUACUGAAACUCAUGGAGGACGCGGAGCUCGCCGUCGGGAACAAGGGGCCGCCCGUGUCCGUGCGCGCCGGCGCGAAGCCCGCGAGCGCGACGUUCUCGACGAAGUUUGUGCUCUGGAUCUUCUCCGGCACGUUCUUGCCCCUCCUCGAUAGGCUCGCGCGCGAGGGCGCCGCGGGGCCCUCGGCGCGGGACCUCGUCGAGUCGGGGUUGAUCCACGAGUUCGUCGGCCGCGUGCCCGUGCGGUGCGCGCUCGACCCGCUCUCCGCGGACGACCUCGUCAGCAUCCUCGCCGCGGACGGCGCCAUGUCGCCGCUCCACCAGCAGAAGGCCUACUUCGAGACCUACGACAUCGAGCUCACCGUCGGCGACGACGCGCUCGAGGCCAUCGCGGAGCGCGCGCUCGCGCACGGCCUCGGCGCGCGCGCGCUCGUCUCCGAGCUCGACGCGGUCCUGCGCGGCUUCGCGUUCCACCUCCCCUCCGCGGACGCGGACCGCCUCCACCUCGACGCGGCCCUCGACGUGGUCAAGCGUCUGUGCAAGACGGAUCCGGCGACGGUCGAGCACUUCCACAUCCACUGGGUCCACGUCGACCGCGUGCGGCCGACGAGCCUGCUGCGGUGCCAGUGCCUCGUGAGCCUGUGCCUGAGCCACGCGGACCUGCUGAAGAUCGAGGGCAAGGUGCUGGGCCGCUGCGUGAACCUGUGGUGGGUGGACCUGAGCCACAACCGGCUCGCCGGGGACGCGCUCGCGACGUCGGGCAUCGACGAGUUCAGCGCGCUGGGCGCGCUCGACCUCGGGCACAACGCGCUGGGCCCCGAGUCGCUGGCCCCCGCGUCGGAGAUCGAGGUCGUGCGCCUGACGUUGGCGGGCAACGCGGGCCUCGGCGCCGGCGACGACUCGUACCGGCGCACGGCGCUCCAGCGCGCGCCCGCCGCGUGGGUUCUAGACGACCACUUCGUGACGGCCGCGGAGGCCGCGAGCGCCGUCGAGGCCCACGAGGCCGCCGCGGCGCUGGAGCGCAAGACGUCGCCGCCGGCGUCGCCGACGUCGCCGACGAUUCUAGAGAAGCGGACGCUCGCGACGCUCGGCGACGGCGACUGGAACGAGGCGUCCGCCGGCGACACGGCGACGAAGAAGCAUCUCGCGCGGCACCGGCGCGUGCUCGCGAACCAGCCCGCGCGGCCGUUUUUGAGGGAUCAGUACCGGCUGAAGAAUCUGGUCGUCGAGUACGAGACGCGGUGCGCCGCGCUCAAGUCGUGGGCGUCCGCGGAGCCGCGCGACGGCCGGAGGACCGGGCCGCGGCGGCCGCCGAACACGCGGCGCGCGGAGCUCUGCGGCCUGCCGACGCGGGCGCGGCUCGACGCCUGCGUGCUCCUCUGGGCGUCCCUCCAGUUCGCGCCGCUGCCGGCGGCCAUGUACAAGGAGGCGCUGACGAUCCUGCUCGCGCCGCACGCGGGCGUCGGCGCCGUCGGCGACGUCGCGGCGCUGCCGCCCUUCGUGCGCAGCGGCCUCGUCGCGCUCCUGCGGGAGCAGAACGCGGCGGACGCCGAGGCGAGGCCGGGGGAGCUCAACGACCUCGAGCGCGACCUCGCGGCCGCGGUGCCCGCCGUCGCCGUCUGCACCCGCGUGGAGAUCAACCGCUGGUUUGGGGGGUCCCGACCAAACUUUGAAAUCCUCUAG